GAAAGUCAGUUGCAGUGCAGUCGUCGUGGCGAUCGGUUCAGUGAAAGCUUCCCAUUGGCUGGAGAGAGAGAGUGAGCGUAGAGAGUAACGGAAAGAGAGUGCGAGUCAUCCAAACCGAACGCUUUUCCUACACCCACGAUUUAAGCGAACGCUUAUUGGCGAGUUGAAGACCCGAGAGCCCCAGUGUCCAGCUGAUUUAGUAUUCUUUGUUGAGGGAAUUGCAUUGAGAAAGCGCAGAGAUGGCCGAUGAAGCACAAGCACCACCAGCCGAGGGAGAGGCGCCACCACCCGCCGAGGGAGCCGAGGGUGCCGUCGAGGGCGGAGAGCCCGCUCCUCCAGCAGAGCCCGCCGAGCCCAUCAAGCACAGCUACACGCUCUUCUACUUCAACGUGAAGGCGUUGGCCGAGCCCCUGCGCUACCUGUUCGCCUACGGCAACCAGGAGUACGAGGAUGUGCGCGUCACCCGCGACGAGUGGCCAGCCCUGAAGCCAACCAUGCCAAUGGGACAGAUGCCCGUGCUGGAGGUGGACGGCAAGCGUGUGCACCAGAGCAUCUCGAUGGCCCGAUUCUUGGCCAAGACCGUCGGCCUGUGCGGUGCCACUCCGUGGGAGGAUCUGCAGAUCGACAUUGUCGUUGACACCAUCAAUGACUUCCGUCUAAAAAUUGCAGUCGUCUCGUACGAACCGGAGGACGAGAUUAAGGAGAAGAAGUUGGUCACCCUGAAUGCGGAGGUCAUUCCAUUCUACCUGGAGAAGCUCGAGCAGACCGUCAAGGACAACGAUGGUCACCUGGCUCUGGGCAAGCUGACCUGGGCCGACGUCUACUUCGCAGGCAUCACCGACUACAUGAACUACAUGGUCAAGCGCGAUCUGCUGGAACCCUACCCAGCUCUGCGCGGAGUCGUGGAUGCCGUCAACGCUUUGGAACCGAUCAAGGCCUGGAUCGAGAAGCGCCCCGUCACCGAGGUCUAAGUUACCCGAACAGGACUUGGGAGGAGGGAAUGCAUUGCACACCACUCAGACACACCCGCACCGCAGAAAUGCACACCACCCACAUCUGUACACAUUUUGUUCCUUUUUGCGGAGGAUCCGAGAGGGCAGCGGACUUUCGCACGGGGUCAUAGACGCGUAGGAGUUAAGCACGUAUCACUAUGAACAAAUCGUAUUUGUUCUUAAUUUCUUGGUUAUAAUU